AUGAAUCAUUCGACUGAUCUUUCAGAAAAGCACCCGGAGAUGUCGUCGAACCGCGCUCAACAGCUGCUCAAAGAGAUGAACGAUGCUCUGAACGAAGCGGACGACAUCGUGCAGUUCGAAGAGAACAUCCAGUCUUGGCUGGAAGUGGCCAUGGACCGGGUUCAUAUUGGUAAUGAGCUGCGUCGUCAAAUCGAGGUCCGCAGGGUCAAGAAAGAGUUGGAGAUGAUCAUCGAGAAAGCGUCGAACCUCGUGGCGAAGGCUGAAGAUGCUCAGGCCGCCUUCGAACAGUUGAUGGAGGAAAAUGGCGACGAAUGCGUGAGUUUCUAACUGAAAUUCUUCAGAAAUGGUGAUAUUCCGAACUGACAUUGAUUUUUGCAGGCGGAGGACGGUGAGCCGGCUCGAGAGCUGGACUUGGACGAGUCGAAAGAAGAGGACGACGAGCAACUAGGGAGCGCAGCCCCCAACGACGUCGACGUCGAUUCGCCUUGA